AUGGGUUCUCCAUUCAGCAAGUUGAUGGGCAGCAGCCCCACGGCUAACACUGCCUCAUCAAACACCGGCACCAUGCCGACCUCAGAGGAGAAUUCUACGAACCACGAAUAUGCCAGCGGCGGCAGCGAUGUUGCUGCCAUUGUCGAAGAGCCGUCCUCUGAACCGAACUCCACGACCGGCGACAAUGCCAUCAGCAGCAAUAUUGCUGCUGCAACUGCUGAACCACUUGAAGAACCAGACAACGGGUCUACGGGCGAAACUGGCCUUUUGGACACCGAAACCACGCCGGAGCCAGCUCAGACCAGCACCACCGCCCGCAGAAUGACAAGCAGGCGCAAGGACAAAGGCAGCGACAAAGAGCACAAGAGCGCGCAACAAGGCGGAGGCAAGGACAAAGACGUCCUCAAGCGCACCAGCGGGAGCAGCCGCGUGGAGAAGCCCAAGUGGAAGCCGCGCAAACCGAGACGCAAAACCCUUCUCGUCAAGAGGAAGACCGGAGCGAAGAAUUCUAUGGCGAGCAAAGACAACGAACCGUCUAGACGCUCGCCUGCGCCUGUCGAGCAAGGUCAAGAAGCUGCGGCACCUACCCCUACGACGCAGCCGGUCACUUCUGGAAUGGAAGCAGCACCGAGUACUCCUACGCAGACGGCCACAACGGACACCGUCCCGUCUCCUGCCUCGGAAUCCACGGUGUACAGCCCAAUCGAAUCUCCCUCCGACCAGGCAAACACCGCCGCCUAUAAGCCCAACACCGACUUCGGCACCUUCCUCGCGAGAAUAAACGGCGACGGCCCUCCGCGUAUGGACCCCACCAACUCCUUCCUCGCUAACGACCUCGACGAGGGAUACAACUUCGCGCACCCCGCCCUCGCAGAUGCCAACACCUCGUCGCUGCCCGGCAUGCAGCCCUAUAUCAAGGGCGAUGGAUGGAGCGACGUCGAGCGCCACUGGAAGAAGCAGCUGGCUGAGCAGGUCGGGGAGAGCAGGAGCGUUAGGGAGUGGGAUGAGAAGGAGGUUGGGGACGAGGAUUGGGGGUUCUUUGAUGAUAAGAGCUCGUUGGAGUUCGACGAUGAUGGUAUGAGCCCGGCGGAGGAUGAGGCCGAGGGUGGUGGGGAGAAUUCCGAGGAGAAUAGUGAUAUCGAGAUCACCGGAUGUGAUUGAGUGUGGAGCUGCUUCUUUCUUCACACCGACGCUGUCCUCCUGGGGUUCGUCCUCAGAAGUUUUCUUUGUUGAUGGGUGUCAGGGUCUUGAAACGAUGCGGUUCCGACUGUCUGGGCGGCCUACUGCUUUAAAGUUAUUGCGUUGACCUGAUUCUUCUGUCUUGAGAGCUCUAGAGUUAAAAACAAACAAACAAAAAAAAAAAAAAAAAAAAAAAAAAAAAAA